UGCGUAAUCACUCAGUCUCCACCCCUGGGAAGUCCCUACCCUGUUCUUAGUCCGGAAGUCUGUGGGACAGAAGUCCGGAAGUUCGAGCGGCUGUUCCCUAGUUCGCUCCGGCUAAUUCGGUACGCUUUCCUCUAUCCCGGCGCAAGUGUGUGUCCCGAGGCUUUUCUGGUUCCGACCCGCUGUGCUUCCCGUUCUCAUGUUCCUGCCUGUGCGGGUCAUUGCUUGCAGACCUGGAUCGGGCCCAGAGCAGAUUGAGCAGACCGGGCGUGUACACUCCGGAGGAGCGAGCGGAACGGGCCGCUUGUGGAGCUUGUUGCCCGGUCUGCUGUGAAGUGAAGCCCAGGUUCCAGGGAUGUACAUGCAGGUGGAGACACGAACCAGCACCCGCCUCCAUCUGAAGAGGGCUCCAGGCAUCCGGUCUUGGUCUCUGCUGGUCGGAAUAUUAUCCACUGGCCUGGCUGCUGCCUAUUACAGUGGAGAUAGUCUGGGCUGGAAGCUCUUCUAUGUCACAGGCUGCCUGUUUGUGGCUGUACAGAACUUGGAGGACUGGGAGGAAGCCAUUUUCAACAAGAGCACUGGGAAGGUCAUCUUAAAAACGUUCAGCCUCUACAAGAAGCUGCUGACUCUUCUCAGAGCAGGCCAUGACCAAGUGGUGGUCCUGUUGAAAGACAUCCAGGAUGUGAAUGUAGAGGAAGAAAAGGUCCGUUACUUUGGGAAGGGUUACACAGUGGUGCUCCGGUUUGCAACAGGCUUCUCCCAUCCCCUUACUCAGACUGCAGUCAUGGGCCGACGCAGUGAUGUGGAAGCCAUUGCCAAACUCAUCACCAGCUUCUUGGACCUGCACCGCCUGGAGAGCCCCUCAGAACGGUCACAAAGCAGCGACAGUGAAGCUGAUGGCCUGGGUGACCAGAGCUGACAUUGUGGAAUGACUGCUGGUAAAUGUCACCCAUUUCUGACAUGUCUCCAACUGACUUGCCAAUUAUGAGGGUGCAGGCAGAUCUUGGGCACCUGCCUAUGGCUCCUUGGGUAGUUCUUGUGUGGACCACCUGCCUUUUGCUUGUUUAUGCUUCUAUGCUUUGCAGAACUAUGGGCUGGAUAUCUUCCACAACCCAGAUGCAGGAGGUUGGUGCUAUCCAGAGGAGGACAGGAUCUCAGAAAUCAGUGCUUUCUCCAGUUAGACUGCAGCUCUGGCUUAGGCAGCAAAGCCUGGUUUGGAUAAGCUCACCCAAGGGCAUCUGAGGUAUAAGAUGUCAGUCUUUCUUCAGCAUAGGCCUAGUACCUGUCUUCAAGAGGCCUUGCCACCCCAGGAAGACUCCACUUCAUAGUGAGACACCCACAUGCAUGUAAGGAGGACCCACUCCUUCUGUGCAUAGUGGUUUGGACUUGUUGCUAUAAAUCCUGAUGUCUCCUCUCCUUGACCAUCCCUUCUCAAGAUAGACAUUUUGGUGGUCAGGGGCUUCCCUGAAGGCAGCUCUGAAUGCUGGAUGCCUGGGUGCUGCCUGGCUGCAGAACUCUCAGAGAACUCAGAGUGCUGCUGACUGCCCUGUUCCUGCCUAGACCACUUGUCUGAGAUCCCAGCAGUGUUGCAGCAUAGCUAUUAGGAAGGGAAGGCUCUCCUAACCCAAUCUGGGAAGAAGCUGCUAGUGGAGGAAAGGCCACCUCUUCUGGCAUCCUGUAGCCUUUAAGACCUGGGAGCUCCUUUACAGAAAUUGAGUCUUAGCCUCUCAAGCCUUGAAAAGACCUGAAGAAGAUAAGCAUGUGAUACACACCCCUAUAAAUCUCAGCCUUAAGAAGUGGGGCAGGAAGAAAGUUCAAGGCCAGUCUGGGCCACUGCCUCUUCUAACAGAAGUUGGUACCAGCCACUGAUGGUUCUUUUCUGUUCUUCUAGUCUUCUACUGAGUGGACUCAAGUCUCUCAAAAGUACAGUGUCCACUAAGUUCCCAGCUUGGCUUCUAGGCCUGAAAGCUGUGGACCUCUGGUCUACACAGAGCCCCCCUCAAAAGUUGUGUACCCAUGCCUGGCCAGGGAGAACUGGGAAAUUGAGGAGUUAUAUAGACAAAGAAGUCAAGGCAGCCCUGAGGCCACUGUACUUGGGCUGAGCAGGAAUAGUUAGGCCAGAACUCUUAACAGAUUUUCUUUGAAGUGACUAUUACCAGUUCUGACUUGGGGAACAUGGUCCCUUGAACAUGCCAAAGUGAGCUUUUUAAAUGGUCAAGUUAGAGAAUUUUUUUUCCACAAAUGAAAAGUGUGAAAUAAUAGCUGUUGGCUUUUGGCUUGUUGCCUGUAGACUCUUAAGGUACUUUAGACAAGGGAAGAGGAUUCUGUUUCUUGGGUGCUGUCAUAUCCCCUUCCUAUGUUUCCCAGUGUUGGGACUCAUUCCUCGGUAAAGGAAUGAAGCCCUCUAUGAGCCAGGGUGGUGGUAAAACGCUGAUCCAAGUUUCUGUUAGUGGGACUUCUGCUUCUACUGUUUGUUUGUUUGAUUUUUUAUUUCAUAAUUAAAAAGCUCUACAUGCAGAUUGCAAAUGA